CCGGCAGGUUUUGCUCAGCACCGCGAUGCCACCGCCGACGCGCGUCUGUGUGCGUUGUAAGUCCACAAAGUCCAAGUGCGUCAACUUCGACCCGGGCCAAUGGCCCGACGGCCCCAUCGCCCGCAAGUGCGACCGCUGUGCCCGGCUCGGCUUUGACUGCGUGCCCGCGCCGUCGGCCGUCCCCAAGCCGAGGGCGCCGCGCAAGGCCAAGACCGCAGCCGGGGGCGGACUCCUCCUCAAUGUCGCCCCGAGUCCACUCGUGACUCGCGCGCUGCAGCAGAUCCCCGGCACCACAACCUCCUCCGCGACAGAGACCCUCUCGUACGUCCUCUCGCCGGGCGCAUCGCCGCUCGCGGCUCGGUACGUGCUGCGAGCGAUAGCCACGACCGCCCGCCGGCGAGGCACCUUCGAGCUGAUCGAGUUUGUGGCGGCGCUCUGCCGUCACCACGACAUCCCCCUCGACGACGUGCUGAGCGAGUGUCUAAGCCAAACCCCUUCCCCUGUCGGGUGCGGCGACGGGCUCCCGCCCUUCUUCGCGCGCAAGCUGGCGGCGGAGGAAGGGACGUACGUCAACGUGCGCGUGCGGCGCGACGGCGUGGCCAGCUUCCACGCCAACGAGGCCUUCGAGCGCUCCUUCGCCACCACCGCGGAGAUGUACAGGGCGUUCGACUCGUCCGCCCUUGAGAUCAACUCGCUCUUCGUCCACCGCGAGGCACUCGCCCCGCCACCCGCUGCUCGCGCUGGGCGCAGAAAUUGUGCUCCUCUGGAGGUACACCUCCUCUCGAGUGGCGUGGUGGCGCUGUACCGUAGGACGUGCCUCUCAUCCGGCGGCUCUACGGCGAGCUCUUCCGCUCUUGCGUCCCAGACGAGGUGCUCGGCGGUACCACCCGCCAGCCUGUUCGCGCCUACGACCGGACCUCGCACUCCUACGCGCUCUUCGACUGCCGCGGCGCGCUCCUCAUCCUGCACGGCGGGCGCUACUUCAUCGGGCUCGU